UCCCUCUUAUCUAUCUGGCCACUUUGGUGCUUGCUUGUUUGUUUCCAAGAUCCUCCCUUAUUCCGUCGUGACAGCGUUUCUGGCGAUUUUUAUCCAAUCCAUGGGAUAUUGGACAGCAUGUAUUUCGUCUUUCUUCCUCGGUGAUGAAUGAUUUGUGUGAAAACAUUGCUCGCGAUCCGCCGCCGCCGCUGCUGUGAUGAUGGAGAGGCGGUGCGUGUCAGAGCGGGGCGGCUAGAGGCCCAGCAAAGCCCCGCGCUGGAUUUACAGCCCUGAACGAGUGACUGAACACCAACAGCGGGUUACCUCACAACAACUCUCCGUUGUUUCAGUAUAAUUCAGACGACCUGAAGAGAAGUUAUAAAGCAAACAGAUCAGAUGAAAGUCUGAACUAUGAUGAACAUUUACAUUUACAAGCAGCCCUAACAUCAGAUUAAGGUGAAGAAGAGGUUGGAGGUUUUUUUUCCGCUGUUAAAGAUUGUGAGGACUACACAUCAUGCCUCCAAGACCCUCCUCAGGGGAACUAUGGGGCAUCCAUUUGAUGCCCCCCAGGAUUCUGGUAGACUGUCUACUGCCCAAUGGCAUGAUCUUGACACUAGAGUGUCUCCGGGAGGCCACCCUCAUCACAAUCAAACACGAACUGUUUAAGGAGGCAAGGAAGUACCCCCUCCACCACCUGCUGCAGGAGGAGACAUCCUAUAUUUUCGUCAGUGUAACGCAAGAGGCGGAGCGUGAGGAGUUCUACGAUGAGACGAGAAGACUUUGCGACCUUCGGCUGUUCCAGCCCUUCUUAAAGGUCAUAGAACCUGUAGGGAACAGAGAGGAAAAAAUCCUCAACAGAGAAAUCGGUUUUGCCAUCGGCAUGCCGGUGUGCGAGUUUGAUCUAGUGAAGGAUCCUGAGGUGCAGGACUUUAGGAGAAAUAUUCUUAAUGUCUGCAAAGACUCAGUAGAGCUGCGAGAUGCCACUGGGUCACACAGUCGAGCGCUAUAUGUUUAUCCUCCUAACGUGGAGUCUUCAUCAGAGCUUCCAAAGCAUAUAUAUGGCAAAUUAGACAAAGGUCAAAUCAUUGUGGUCAUCUGGGUGAUCGUCUCUCCCAACAACGACAAGCAAAAGUACACACUAAAGAUCAAUCACGACUGCGUACCUGAGCAGGUGAUCGCUGAAGCCAUCAGGAAGAAGACCAGGAGCAUGCUGCUGUCCGCCGAACAGCUAAAGAUGUGCGUGCAAGAAUAUCAAGGCAAAUACAUCCUGAAGGUCUGCGGCUGUGACGAGUAUCUAUUGGAAAAGUACCCCAUUAGUCAGUACAAGUAUGUACGGAGUUGCAUUAUGCUGGGUCGGUUGCCAAACCUCAUGCUUAUGUCCAAGGACAGUCUUUACUCUCAGCUGCCUAUGGACAACUUCACCAUGCCCUCCUAUGCCCGCCGCAUCUCCACCGCCACGCCUUACAUGAACGGAGAGGCCUCCACCAAAUCACUCUGGACCAUUAACAGCACUCUAAGGAUACGUGUCCUUUGUGCUACAUACGUUAAUGUGAAUAUUCGGGACAUUGACAAGAUUUAUGUGCGGACAGGGAUCUACCAUGGUGGAGAACAGUUGUGUGAUAAUGUCAAUACACAGCGUGUGCCGUGUUCAAACCCAAGGUGGAACGAGUGGCUGACCUAUGACAUGUACAUUCCCGACAUCCCCCGGGCAGCUCGCCUCUGUCUCUCCAUCUGCUCUGUGAAAGGAAGGAAGGGGGCAAAAGAGGAGCACUGUCCACUGGCCUGGGGAAACGUCAACCUGUUUGACUACACACACACUCUGGUCUCAGGAAAGAUGGCACUGAACCUGUGGCCAGUACCACACGGCCUUGAAGACCUCCUCAACCCUAUUGGGGUCACGGGCUCCAACCCUAAUAAGGAAACCCCAUGUCUAGAGCUGGAGUUCGACUAUUUCAGCUCCCCUGUUAAGUUCCCUGACAUGGCCACGAUUGAGGAUCAUGCUAACUGGAUAAUAUCCAGGGAGAUGGGAUACAAUUACUGCCAGUCUGGACAGAGCAGCAGACUCGCGCGAGACCACGCCAUGACGGAGGCUGAUAUAGAGCAACUUCGUCAGCUGGGCAACAGGGACCCGCUUUCUGAGAUCACUGAGCAGGAAAAAGACUUCUUAUGGAGACACAGGCAGUAUUGUGUAAAUAUUCCAGAAGUCCUGCCCAAGAUUCUUCUGGCGGUGAAGUGGAAUUCUAGGGAUGAAGUUGCACAGAUGUAUUGCCUUCUUAAAGACUGGCCCGCAAUAAAGCCGGAACAAGCCAUGGAGUUGCUUGACUGUAACUAUCCUGAUCCAAUGAUCCGAGACUUCGCAGUUCGGUGCCUUGAGAAGUAUCUUACUGAUGAUAAACUCUCACAGUACCUCAUUCAGUUGGUUCAGGUUUUGAAGUAUGAGCAGUAUCUUGAUAACCCACUGGUGCGAUUUCUGCUGAAAAAAGCUCUUACCAACCAGAGGAUUGGGCACUUCUUCUUUUGGCAUUUGAAGUAAGAGAUUUCCUCUUUUUGUUCUCUUUUCUGUCAGGGUUUUACUUAAAUUGUAACCUAUCUUGUGGGGUUGCACCUGAGCAGACAGGUGGAAGCCAUGGAGAAGCUCAUCAACCUCACUGACAUUCUCAAACAGGAGAAGAAGGAUGAAACUCAGAAGGUGCAAAUGAAGUUCCUGGUGGAGCAGAUGAGGCGACCAGACUACAUGGAUGCCCUCCAAAAUUUCACCUCUCCACUCAACCCCGCCCACCAGCUGGGUAAUCUACGACUUGAAGACUGCAGAAUCAUGUCCUCUGCCAAGAGACCGCUCUGGCUGAACUGGGAAAAUCCUGACAUCAUGUCCGAACUUCUCUUCCAAAACAAUGAGAUCAUCUUCAAGAAUGGGGAUGACCUGCGGCAAGACAUGCUGACACUACAGAUCAUCAGAAUAAUGGAGAACAUUUGGCAAAAUCAGGGGCUGGACCUGAGAAUGCUCCCCUAUGGCUGCUUGUCUAUUGGAGACUGCGUGGGUCUCAUUGAGGUGGUGAGAAGUUCCCACACCAUCAUGCAGAUUCAGUGUAAAGGUGGUCUAAAAGGUGCGCUUCAGUUUAACAGUUCAACGUUGCAUCAGUGGCUAAAGGACAAGAAUAAGGGCGAGAUGUACGACAUGGCCAUCGACUUGUUUACACGAUCCUGCGCUGGCUAUUGUGUGGCUACUUUCAUUCUGGGCAUCGGUGACAGACACAACAGUAACAUCAUGGUGAAGGAUGAUGGGCAGCUGUUUCAUAUAGAUUUUGGUCACUUUUUGGACCACAAGAAGAAGAAGUUUGGCUACAAGCGAGAGCGAGUGCCGUUUGUCUUAACUCAAGACUUCUUAAUUGUGAUCAGCAAAGGAGGAACCCAAGAGUGCACUAAAACCAGAGAGUUUGAGAGGUUCCAGGAGAUGUGCUACAAGGCUUACUUGGCUAUCAGACAGCAUGCCAACCUUUUCAUAAAUCUCUUCUCCAUGAUGCUGGGCUCAGGCAUGCCAGAGCUGCAGUCCUUCGACGACAUCGCUUACAUCCGAAAGACCCUGGCACUGGACAAAACAGAGCAGGAGGCCCUAGACUAUUUCAUGAAGCAGAUGAAUGACGCUCACCAUGGUGGAUGGACCACCAAGAUGGACUGGAUCUUUCACACCAUCCGACACCAUGCCCAAAACUGAGCCGACACAGAUCCCAGCCACUGGUGGAAUUUGGGGCUGGAUAACAGGCAGAAACAAGACCCUUUUUGUAGGAAGCACUGCCUGUUUUAUGCCAUGAAGAAUCAGAGCACCCAAACCUCAUGUACAAACGACCUUAAGAGCACUAAAACAACCUGGAAGGACAUGUUUUUUGUCCUCUUCUUGUUUAUUUUUUCCUCCUCAUAUGAGGCAUCUCUUGCCCAUCAUUAUCCAGAGUGGUUGUACAUUAUAGCUGGAGUUUUGUCCUUAAGGGUUUUUUUUUUUUCUCUCCCCAUUGUGCUGCUCUUCUCCUGGAGAGUCAAUUCUUGUUCUUAUCAUUAUUACAUAUUACAAUUUUUCUGCGGAAAACAAACCUUCAAAGAAAAAAAAAAAACGUUCUGCACUCUUCAGGAGCUUUUGUGGGGAUGUUCAAGUCUUCCUGUUUAAAACUACAAAUGCCUUCUAAUAUGCACGGAACCUCUGAGAACACUAGAAAAACAGGGUAUGAAACUUUCUGGUCUGCUACCUGGCCUUUCCUCUCAAAACCAACACUAAACUCCCCGAAAGGCAGCCGAGGCGUAGCAGUACGAAUCUGAUGGUGCUGAUUUUCAAAUUGCGCUCUUGUUCUUUGAGUUCAAUUGGCCACACAGGUCUUUAUAAUAGACAGAUUAUAAGGUUUCGUUCUCUUUUCUUCCUUAUAUGCACAGCGAGCUAAAAUGAUAGCCUGAAUACCUUAUGCACUGGACGUUAAUAUAUUUUUAUUUACUUUUUAUUAUGAACUCACAUUUUGGCCUCACAGUAGCACUACACGAAUCUUGUACUCCUUAUACAGACUUUUCAGAGACAUCGGUAACGACAUGGUUUGUGUUCUCAAUAUGCUCGUAACUCACUACACAAUAACAGUGCAGAUCCCUCCAUGAUAGAAAGAAAUAUUCAUUUUAGGACUACAAUAUGGGUUUUUUGAUGGCCAGUACUGAUGGUGAUGUAUAAGCAGAUGAGUGCUGAUUAAGUAUUUCCCUUAUUUUACGCAAUAUUUACUCAGAAUAUUGAGUUUGAAGCAUUUACGCAAUGUUUAUUUUCGACAAGGCUGUCAGCCAAUACGAUGGUUUAAAAAUAGUCAUAUAUUGGCAAAUUAAUCAGCCUGGCUGAAAUAUAUCGGUUUAUCACUAAUCAGGACAUAUAUUUUCAUUUUUAUUCCUUACAGAUCAAUUAAGUUUUUCCAGUUCCAGUGUGCGAAACAUCACGGGAAUCCAGGUUAUCGGCUCUCUGUGUUUUCUUGGUUGUCCGGUGCGAUUGAGCAGCGCAGAAUAACGAUUGUCCUACCAGAUGCCCUGGCAGCGUGCAGAUAUGAAGCCUUAAUACACUCGCUUAGUAUGAAUGGAUAUUCUUCUCCACGUGCCCUUGCAUGCCAUAGGAAAGCACACACUUGUCGGUGCAUUGACGCUAUGUCGUUAGGAAAGAACAAAACCGCUUUUUCUCCCCUUCCGUUGAGUUGCCGUAUCUCUGGGUACUUUAUUCUACUACACUAAAGCUUGCAAGACCUUUACUGUUAGCCUGACUUUUUUUUUUUUUUAACAGAUACAACUGGUAGUUUGUGUGAGAAGCAUUAAAGGGAUAGUCCACUCACAAAUGAAAAUUCUUUUGUUAUUUACUGUAAAUGUUGGGAACUGAAACUGGUUGUCAUCAAUCUUCAAAAUUUCUUUUUUUUGUGUGUGUGUGUUUCACAGAAGAGUCAGUUAUACAGGUUUUGAAUGACAUAAGGGUCAUUUUGGGCUGGACUGUUGCUUUAAAACAGAUGGCGCUAUGUAGUUAUGUAGUAUUAUGUUGAACGAUUCUGUGGACGAAAUGGAUGUUUUAGAUGGUGAAAUGGCUUUUAGAUGCUUCAAAUGGAUGACACUGGUAAAAUCAUUUGCCGAUGACACUACAGUACAGUGCAUUAGAACUACAGAUAUUAUAUACAUACAUGCAUAUAUAUACAAGUAUAUAUACGCACUCUUGUCCCCCUCAUUGUCUCGUUUUUCACUAGUGAAGACAAUGUGCAGUGACUGUUUCAUGGUGCAGGAUUUCUCAGAUGUGGCGUUACAGGGCUGAGCAAACUAGAGAAGAGGAAAUAAAGGUAGUUAUCUUUUAAUUUGACCUUUUCAAAUUAACUAAGGAGCGUCAUCUUGAGUCAGGUUAAGUGCCUUGCAAGGGGCCGUAAUGGCAGUGUUACAUUCGAGCUGCUCACUUCGCCUGUUGCUUUACCAGCUUUCUGGAUCACAACAACACUUUAGCUUCGCCGUUUUGAACCAGAUAGUAAUGUAAGAUUCCAGAACAGAUCGUAUCCAAUCAAAUAAUCUCACGUUUAAAAGGAAUGAUUCACCCAAAAAAAAAAAAACAUUUACUCACCUUCAUACUGAUUUGCACAUUUUCUGCAUAUUUUGAAGAACGUUCAAACAAAGACCCAACUGACUUUUAUUGAAAACCGAGACAUUUUUUAAAAUGUAUUUAAUUUCAUACGUGUUUGGGGUGACAUGAGGGUGAGUAAAUGGUGACAGUUUUCUUUUUAGGGUGAACUAUCUCAUUGGGCACAAAUCUACAUUUUCUCUUUCUAUCUCUCCUCGGCUCUUGUCAGUUAAUCCAAGCCCCUGUCGUGUUUCUGCAUUACUUUAAAGCUGUGAAAAUGUACAUUUACAAAAGAGGUGCAAUCAUGCCAUUUAAAAGGAUAUAGCUGGCUACUGGCUGGAAACCCCUGAGUACUAUUAUUCUCACACCAUUUUAUCGUUGUGUUUUCCUCAAAAGGAAAGUCAGUGAUCAUACUUGCAUAACCACUUGAGAUAUAAAGGAUCAGAUGAAGAUCUGAUUGAUUGACGUAGGAAAAACGUAAGGAAACGACAAAUACUCAUUUCCACGUUACAGUCUGAUGAGGUUUUUGCGGAGCCGAAAUUCAGCUUAAAUACUGGGCUGCAUCAAACAAUGCAAAUCAUAAUGAAAGACGGUUUGUUUUUCUACUGUUUUUAAGUUUAAAAUGGUGUCCUGAGUACUUCCUAUUGUAGUAUUCCACAUUUAUGCAUUUCUUUUUUUUUUUUGUAAGCAUUGUAACUCUUAAAUGUAGUAAACAAAUGAACAGAUAUACACUUGGCGACAGACUAAUGUAUGCAGGUGGUUCUUGCACUUUGUAUUCCUCCGUUCUUUCUCUCUUUGCCUUCGGUCCUGAGGGACGCUUUAGUCUCCUGCAUGUGUUUUUUAACCCUGCGUGCUCAUUUACUGCCUGAAACUGAGAUCAGCUAGAGCUUAGUCAUAGUAAGCAGCCUUAUGUUAGCUCUCCUAAAGCCAUUUAUUGCAUGGUUCUGUUCACUACGUGUUUUUGUCUGUACAG